ACAUGAUACUAAAAAAGUUUAUGACAUUACUAUCUCUAAAGAACAAUUAGCACCUGACGGUUUUACUCGAGAGAUGUACACUAUAAAUGGUCAAUUUCCUGGUCCCCUCAUUGAAGUUAAUAAAGGUGACACUUUAGUUCUUAAUGUCCACAAUGAUUUAGAAAAUGAGACAUCGAUUCAUUCACAUGGAAUGUUUCAACGUGGAACUCCUUGGUAUGAUGGUGUUCCUGGACAAACACAGCGUGGCAUUCCACCAAAAAAAUCAUUUACCUACGAAUUUAAAGUGGAUCAAAGCGGGACUUACUGGUAUCAUUCACAUUCGAACGCUCAAUAUAUUGAAGGAAUUGUUGGUGCCCUUAUAGCUCACGAUCCAGAUGAUCCUUAUCUUGAAGAGUAUGAUGAGGAAAUUGUAGUAUUACUACAAGAUUGGUAUCAUAAGGAUUCAAAGAUCUUGUUGUCUGAAUUCAUGAAUCCUGCAAACGUAAAUGGAAGUGAACCAACACCUGAUAAUGGUUUGAUUAAUGGAAAAAAUUCUUACAACUGCUCUUGGGCACCGGCAGGUAGCGAAUGCGUUAAUAAUGCUCCAUUAGCACUCUUUAAAUUUGUUAAAGGAAAGAGAUACAGAAUUCGAAUUAUCAAUACAAGUGCUUUUGCUGAAUUUAUUUUCUCAAUUGAUGAACAUCCUAUGGAUGUUAUUGAGGUUGAAGGGAUGAUGACCAAACGUCACACAAUUCACCGACUCCCUAUUAAUAUAGCCCAACGUUAUUCUGUUAUUGUGACAGCUGAUAAACCUAUAGGCAAAUAUUGGAUGCGCUCGGAAAUGGAAACUGCUUGUCUUGCCACUGAAUCAGAUCAAUUAAAUCCUCUUGUAAAAGCCAUUGUUGAAUAUGAAGGCCAUGAUAUUGAUGAUGAUCCAAAAUCGGUUGCCUGGACUGAAACCCCUGAAACUUGUGUAGAUUUGGAUUCAUCAGAUUUAAAACCUUAUAAUGAUCAUAAUGUUCCAGACGUGGAUUAUAAAUUAAUAGUAGAUGUUAAUUUCCAUCCAGAUGAUAAUGGUAUCGUCAGGGGUUAUAUAAACAAUUCAACUUAUUUAUUGGAUGCGAAAUACCCUACACUUCAUAAAGUAUUCGAUAAUGUGAAAGAAUAUCCAGCUGAUCAAAAUGCUUACUUAAUUGAGAACAAUAAAGUUGUUGAUAUUAUUUUGUCAAAUAAUGAUACUGGUGUACACCCAUUCCAUUUACACGGUCACGUAUUUUGGGUACUUGGUAUUGGUAAAAAUGGCACAAGCCCAGAUUAUAACUAUUUAAAUUUCAAAGACCCUAUACAACGUGAUACUGUUACUGUUCCUCCUAAUGGAUGGACUAUCCUUCGAUUUGUAUCAGAUAACCCUGGUGUAUGGGGAUUUCACUGUCACAUUGAAUGGCAUGUACAAUCAGGUUUAGUUAUGCAAUUCAUCGCCCAACCAGAUAAAAUCAGAGAAUUAAAAGCACCUGAUGAAUGGACACAAUUAUAA